CGAACAUCCUCACUGCUCUCGAGCCACUUCUUGAUAAAAUCUGUCAUUUUCUCCAUAGCCCUUGCACCGCGAACCUUAAGGAAGCCAAACCUACUCGAGACCUUCCUAGCCAGUCCUUCAAUAUCACAACUUCGUCCUAAGAUCGGAUCCGAAAUUCCAACAAGGGGGGCCUGAAGAAGUAUUGCAGCAUACAACCUCAUUCCAAGAUCGACCACCAAGCGCCUAGAUCUCCCGAUGCCGCGAAUCUCGGGAAAGUCUGUCAAAACACUCUCCAAGAUGCCUACCACCCAAAAUCAAAUCGCCAGAAAGCGUGGCCGAAGUGACGGACAGCUUCUAACACCAUCUUCAGUAAAGAAGCAACGCGUCCUCUCCCCCCUCCGCAACGCCGACCAGGAAGAAGAUUCACGAACUCGCGAGAAGAUCAUCGUUUCCCUCCGUGCCGAACUCGCUGAAGCCAGAUCCGAAGCCCGCGACGCAGCAGAGUUCAAGCAGCAGCGCAAUUUCGCCGUUCACAUCGCUGCUUCCCUCAACAACCUUCAAGGCGAGAUGCUGGAAGCUUGGCACGGUGACAUCCAGAGGUUGGCGGGAACGAGAGGUUUCAAAAAGGUGAUUAAUGAUUUCAAUGUGAUGGAGGAUCGCGCGGUGGCUAUCGAGGAGUUGUGCAAGGAUUUCCCGAAGCUAGAUAGAAGUUUGAGGGCUAAUGUGGGGGCGCUCGAGGUGGAUGCUAUUAAGGGACAGGUUGAGGACUUUGAGGUUGUGAUGAUGGAGAAGGUGGAUGAUUUUACGGAUGACUGCGUUUCGGACUAGAGGUCGUACACUGCUUGAUUCUCGACAGAGCGCUAUACACUGAGAAUAAAGAAAUCUGGUAGCGGGUUGUCUUCGGCCGAGUUCAACAGACUUGGUAGUAGAGUGGUUUGGCAGGGGAUUUUCU